AUGAUUGAGAAUGCAAGGGAAAGUGCUAAGAAGGGAGGAUAUACCAAUGUGGAAUUUAUCGAAGCACAUAUAACUGAAAUCCCACUUCAGGAUGAGACUGCAGAUGUCGUUAUAUCCAAUUGCGUGUUAAACUUGGUCCCUGACGAUGAGAAGCCAGCAGCUUUCAAAGAGAUUCAUAGGGUACUAAAGCCUGGGGGGAGAGUCGCUAUUUCGGACAUACUAUCUGUUAAAGAACUACCCGAUAUAAUCAAGAAUAAUAUAGCCUUUUACGUUGGAUGUGUCUCUGGGGCGAGAAGCGUUGAUGAUUACGAGAAAUGGCUCAAAGCAGCAGGCUUUUUGAGUAUCAUAAUAGUCAACACCAAGAAGGAUCUCAAUGUUUACAAAGAAGGAUCCUUAAUAUCUGAUUGUGCACAGAAGACGUUAUUUAAAAAUGAAUCUGAUCUAAUGAACAAUGAAGAAAUUAAGAAUCUUAAUUUUAACGACUAUAUUGGUUCUUAUCAAAUAUAUGCUGUUAAGGAUUAG